UCUAGAGGAGAAUGUCAGGCCAUCCGUCUGUGAGCUGAAGCUGAACCGAAAGUGAGUCAUGCAGCAAGGCAAUGAUCCUAAGGCUUAAAUCCCAUUAUUCUGUGUAUUCAUGUAGCUUGCAUAACAGCCCAGCCCAGAGCACUAUGGAGUUACACAGCAGCUAAGUGAACGCAGGACCACUUCGUGCGACCGUGUCCGCCCCUGCCUAACGACGCGUGUAAUUGAUUGUACCUGCACUUGAGUGCUGCCAUAUUGCAGCUAUUGGGUUUCAUCUGCUCCAAUCAACACUGCAGUGCUCGUCCCAGGUCUCAAUGAUAUUUAGUGGCAAAAAGCCUUAAAAUGGAAGGGGGGUAAAAAGCAAGCAUGCAGAGGGGAGCAGGCAGAAUGUGAGGCAGUGAUAAGGCAGGGAGAUGGGCGCAGGGUGCUUUUAUUAGAAUGAAGGGCUAGGAGCUGUUUCAGGGCAGCAUACGGUAGAACGUAUGCUCCAUCUUACAGCGUUAGGUCAUUAGUGGCUUUAUUAUUACAAGGUUGGCUAAUAAUCACCCAUUAGACAGAAAUUCAUAGUGCCUUGUGCAAGUUCUUACAUUCAGUCAGAAUUACUUUCAUAAACACAUUUUUUGGUAUGCAAGGUAAACAAUAACACCGCCUAAAUACGUUUCAAAUAUACGUCUGAUAGCCCUAAAGUCCUGCAGCAUUUCAAACACAGUACCUUUGCCCUGCCUGUAAAAUCACAUUGUGAUUGAAGGAGCUGUCGGCUUGCUGUGGGUUGUAGGCUUCUGUAGCACGAGUCUGACAGGUUACACAAGUCUUCAGCUUCAAUAAGCAGCAAUGCAGCACACUUUGAUCAGCAGUCACCCGUUCAGCUUCAUUACAACUUUGUCAGCUAAGUGAAUAUAAAUAGCACUGUGUACAGUAUGCACAGAUUACCACCCCUGUGUAUAUUUUACCCUAACCUGUAAUCUUUAUAAAAACAAAACAAACAAAAAAACACUUCUGCUUUUUUUGCCUACAAGCAGGUCUUUUUUAUGGCUUUCAUUAAUUCAGCAAGUGGUGGAAAGAUCUAAUCAUAUACUCCUGUGUUCAUUUUUGGCAAGAGACCCUCUUUAACAACUUGACUUCUGUAAUAAGCAUGCUGCGCUUUUAAAAAGGAACCUACUCCAGGAGUCAAAAUGGCAUGUAAUUUAAUUCGACUCCUAUCUGGCCUUAUCCUUGAUCUGAACCCCGGAUCGGAGGCAGAGUGAUAAGGCAUCGCCAGCAGGAGACCGGUUGGCAUCUGGGCAGCAGGUUUAAUAGCAGGGUUUACAGGAACAGCACCUGAAAAUCCCUUGGCACUCGGGCCAUUAAGGUGAAGUCUACCUUACGCCCCCUUCUUCCCUCUCUCCAGUGUUCCCUGGUUGCUAAAACAAACCAAUGCUCUAUUUGCCCAGUCUACUGUUACAAUACUGCAUUCAAAUAUUUGUCAGAGAGGCAGCCCCGCGCUCUGCUAUAAAUACACAGGUGAGAGGAUCGACAAGCAGGCACAGAGACCAGCUCAGCUGUGCGACUGCUGUAAAACCAAGGUAAGGGGGCGGGGGGAGGCAGGGAGACGCACGCCUGCUCCGGACUCAUUAAUGCACAGUCCUUACAAUAGCAGCACUGCAAACUCUUUGAUGCAUUUUUUAUGGUUUUCUUUUCUAGAGCUGGGAUUUAUAAAGAACAGUAGCUACUGGGUGUACAAGCUUAUUGAAUUUAAAGCUGUGCUCUACAAAGUUUAUGUCACCCAAACCUGGAUUUCGAUUUAAUUACAAGUCUUCCUUCAACAUCUUGCAGAAGUUUGCUGUGGUAAAAAGCACACAGGGGUGUAGUGAAGCAUAGUAAAGCAUUAUAAAAGCAUGGUAAAAACUGGAAGGGGUUGUAAAAGCAUGGGGAAAACGUUAAUUUACUGCAAUUAACUUUGAGAAGGAAUAAUGUGAUUCUUAAAUAAAGCAGUAAAACAGCUAGUCACUGAAUUCAAAUUUAGAGGUCAUCAUUAAAAGCAAGCUGCUGUUCAGAAUGAAUUCGUGUUGGUUAGGAGUCUGGUAACAGUAAGCAGGCAGGUAUUAUGAAUGGAUCGCCGAUAUUUUUAAUGCCUGUAUAAAAUUGAUUUUGAUUGCAAGGUAACGCUUAGAUUUUACAAGAAAAAAAAAAAAAGACAAAAAGUUUUGGCAAGGGCCUUCAUCAGUGGAAUAUUUGAAAAACAAUUAAAUAUUGAGAGAAGUAAAGAGCUUUGCUCUCUGUAAGCAGCUGUCAAUGCUUUAUGCUUGGAGUUACACAGCACCAAUAUAAUUUAUGGUCCAUACAGACUGGGUUUGCUUAAUUCAUUGUUCUGCUCCAUGCAUGUAAACUUCAAAGCUUUAUCACUAUCUAAGCAUCACUAUCAGAAGCAACUGCAUUAAACGUGUGGGGGGGGGGGGGGGGGGGUGUCAUUCACUAGCCUUUAGCACCUUUCCCCUGUGAAAGCUCGGGUUUGAAUUCAGCUCAGGUCACUCUGGAAACCAGUUUGACACGUCUCCCAGUUGACAUUACCAUUCCACAAAACAACCAGCAAGAAAUCCACUGAGACACAUGUGCAUAAACACGAUAAAGAUGUUUUGAUUUCUCUUUUUCAUUUUUCAAUUUACAGAGGUUUUCGUUGUUAAAAGCAAUGACAGCCGGGGUCAUUCGAAACCUGACCGAUUUCAGAUUGGCCUUCCAGCACCCCUUCUACACCCUCACUGAGCAGCAGGAGGACUUGGAGGAGGAGGAGGAGGAGGGUGCAGGAGGCGCUGCGGCUCCCCAGCACAGCUCCCACGGCACCACGGAGAGGACAAUCCAGCUGCUGCGCUUCGCAGACCUCAUCAACUGUGACAUCCAGAGGUACUUCGGCAAGAAGAGCAAGGAGGAGGACCCUGACGCCUGUGAGAUCUACGAGGACAGGCUCUCCGCUGCGGGCCGGUCGGGGCGCGAGCGCUACUACGCAGACCUGAUGAGGGUGGCUCAGAGCAGGGGCCGUGAGGAGGAGGCGAAGGAGCAACUUCCCCAUGCCCUGACAGCCCUCUGCAGCCAGGACAACAUCCAGCAGCUGGGGUCCCUGGCAGAACUCUUCAGCUUCGGGCUGCAGAGGUAUGUGAAGCCGGGGGCCGCCGAGCACGUGCAAAGGCAGAAGGGGGAGCGCAGUAUAUGUGAUUAACUUAAUAAUACAUGUGUGAUUUACAAAUGCCUCCCUUGCAGGGUUAUGUCCUACUGCUUGAGCAUUGUUCUAGUACGUGUACCGCACAGCGUUUGUGUGUGUUUUAAGUGCCGAAUGUAUGUGAAAAGUAUGCCUGGGAACAUGACUGCAGCUCUGUUCUGCAGCAAAGUCCUGGAACACUGGCCCGUAUGCAUACGUAUGAGAAAGUAAAGCAGAGACCAAAACGUCACCUCAAAUCCUGGAAGAGGAUGCGAGAAACAAGAACCAGAUAAGACAGAGCGAGAUGGGGAAGGUGAAGAGGUCGUCGAUCCCCUCUUCUCUUCUGUAGUGAAAGACAACGGCACACCACCACAGUGUGCAGCAGCAGAGAGACCCUGCAGAUCCCCUUCUAAGCAGAGCUGGGAAAGGUGAUAAUGAUCAGGAUUAGGAGAGCAGACACACUGUGUUUACUCCUGCGCCUGCAGUCAAUGCAGCUCUGCAGGUACAAGGCUUGGCGCUGAAGCGCAGGAGAAGGGGAAGGAAAUCGUAUAGAUAUAGGAUGCUAUUUUGAAGGGAAAAUAAGGGAAUAAAAAAUAGCAAGAAUUUGCUCCUUCCUGCAGCAAUGUUUCUGAUUCUUGCAGUCUCCUCUUUGCACUGGCAAGACAGAGCCAGCACUGCUGUUACACUAGCAGUGAGGCACUCGAAGCCCUUGCCUCUGUACAUUUUAGCCAAGUCAUUUUAAGAAACCAGAUACAAUAAAACCGAAAGACAACAGCGAAGAGCCGAGCGCACUGAAGCCGACAAGAGAAGACUUCUCAAUGAAACAGGAUCACUGACUGAUAAAAUAUUGAAUGCAUGUACUUAAAUACUGAAUAAAUAACCCCACACUGGACACACCCUGCUGUCUUAAUCUUAUUUGAAUCUGCCAAACCAGCUUGGAUGGUUUGUCAAUUUCCAAAGGCUUUUUCUGCAAACAUACAUAUUACAUAUAUUGAACAUGGAAAACAAAAGCCAAUUCUCUGAGCAGAAUAAACUGAUUGUAAAUAUACAGCAAUAGACAGGCAGCUUGGUUUGAGGAAGGUGUCGUUCACGUACUCUCUCGUUAGCUUUAUUUCCGUAGGUGAUUUUCAUGUGUUUGUAUACAAGAGGCUUAAUCAGUCCCUACACAAACACCCUUAUUUGGACUGACUCAUGCAUCAACCUUUUAACCAAAUUAAAAAGCUCUUUGUAAAAAUAAUAGCAAACAAACAGGGUGCUUUUCUGUCAGUUUGAUCCCCACAAAAAAUAAAAUUCACAAUUUUGUAACAAAAGUGAAUUUGAUGACAAGCUUCGUUUGUGGUUCAGUGCAACACUCAAACCUGACGACUCCGAGGAGACUGAAGACUCGCUUCUGACAACAUCUUCCAAUCAUAAACUGAAAAUCUGCAAAAACCAACUAAACAGCGGCACUGUGGAAACACAGACCUUUAUACAGCAAAGGUAUGGAAACCAAACGUGUAACUCUGUCUGUAAAAAUCAGCAGAGACGGUCCUAUUGCAAAUGUAAAAGUUGCUGCCCAAACGUUACAGGCAUUGUCUCAGUACCACUGCAGAGUUACACCCAAAGCCCUGCGGUGUGCGCAGGGCUGGGCUCUUCUCAAAGGGUCAGCUGGGACUGUGGCUCGUUUCUGUAAGUGGCUGCCUCCGGUCCGGUGCGUAUGCACCAGGAGAUGAUGACAUGUCACUGUGUUGCAAUUGCAGGAGUCGUACUGACACUUCCAGCCUGACCUUUAAAGAAGACGUCAGAUAAGACCUCAUCCUGUCACUCUCCCUCUCCGUGCCCGUCACUAAUGAUCGUGUUUAUCAUGCUUGCUAAAAGCCAGGGACACUCAGUAGCUCAGCAACCUUGGUAAACGCAUCUGAAAUGCUUGUAAAAACACAUUCCUCUCCGCGUACAGCUGUGAGAUUAAAGGGCCAUCAUUCCUAUUCACAGAACAGCCACGGAUGCAUUUCAGGACUAUCAGAUUCAAAUGCCUGCGCUUCUCCAGUAAUACUCUGUCCUGAGAGUGAAGAGCAAACCACCGCAGAUUUCUCAGCCUGGAAACAGUAGCGUGGUCUGGGCUCUUAUAACAUCUCUAAACAGCUAAUGCA